AUGCCUUUUCUCUUCUCACUUGUCACUGCGUUGGCUGCCACGGCCGUCGCAGUCCCCAGUACACGACCAGCACAUGAGAAGAGGGAUGCACUGUCAUCUUCAUGGAAGCUCGCUCGUCGCGCUCCCGUAGAGCAAGUGGUGCCAGUUCGAGUUGGCAUGAAGCAACGCAAUCUCGACGAAGGAGCCAGGAUUUUGCACGAACUUUCCAAUCAAGACUCUCCCAAGUAUGGACAGUGGUGGUCUGUCGAGGAUAUCCACGACUUCUUUGCACCUGCAACAAAGCACGUCGAGAGCGUCAAGGACUGGCUGAGCACCUCUGGGAUCCAUUACAAUCGUACUAGCCUGUCUGCCAACAAGCAGUGGGUUCAGUUCGAUGCUACCAUUGCGGAGCUUGAAGACCUUCUUCAUACUGAGUAUCAUGUGUACGAGCAUCAAGCUGGGCAUACCAUGCCUUCUUGUGACGAGUACUACGUUCCAUCGCAACUUCGCAAUGUCAUUGACUACAUCACACCUGGAGUGAAUCUUGGCCAGCCCUCUGAUCUAACAAAGAGAGACGCUACACCACGGAAAGGUUUCAAGCUUCCGCUCAAAACGAAGCCUUUGCCUUCAUUCAAACCUGAAGCAUCAAACGACCUAGGCCUGUGCAGCUCUGUGGUCACUCCCGCUUGUAUCAAAGCAAUGUACAACAUCACCAACGGAACACGAGCCGCGACCGGAAACGAGCUCGGCAUCUUCGAGGAUCUGGGCGACCACUACAGCCAAGAAGAUCUAAACACGUUCUUCAAGGCCGUCUAUCCCCAAAUCCCCCAAGGAACCCAUCCCACCCUGCAAGCCAUCGACGGAGCUACUGGACCUGUGCCGGUCUCUCAAGCGGGAGGCGAGUCUGAUUUGGACUUCCAGAUCUCCUACCCUAUCAUCUGGCCGCAGAAUUCCGUGUUGUUCCAGACAGACGACGAUAACUACGAGAACGACUACGAGUUUGAGGGCUUCCUCAACACCUUCCUCGACGCCAUCGACGGCUCUUAUUGCUCGUACAGCGCAUACGGCGAGAAGUCGCCAUCCCCCUUGGAUCCCCAAUAUCCAGACCCUGCUUCCGGUGGAUACAAAGGACAGCUUCAGUGUGGCGUCUACAAGCCUACCAACGUAAUCUCGAUCUCUUAUGGAGGUUCGGAGCUAUUCCUCAGCACGAACUACCAAAGGCGACAGUGCGAUGAAUACAUGAAGCUCGGCCUGCAAGGCGUGUCCGUCGUCAUCUCUUCCGGGGACGACGGCGUCUCCUGCGACUCGUACCAGUCCUCGAUUUUCUCGCCCGGCUUCCCAGUCACUUGUCCAUAUGUCACGGCCGUCGGGAGCACCGCUAUCCCGCCAGGUGGUGCCGUGACCGCUGACCAAAUCGCAACAACAGAGUUCAGCUCCGGGGGAGGCUUCAGCAAUGUCUUUCCCACCCCAGACUACCAAAAGACCGCCGUCAACACGUACCUCACCAACCACCCGCCCAGCUUCGGCGACUACCAAACCAAAUACAACGAAUCCGUCGGCGCCAACAAUGGCGUUUACAAUAGCGCCGGACGCGCCUAUCCAGACCUCUCCGCCAUCGGUCAAGAUGUCCUGACGUACACCGCCGGCCGCGCCAGACUCACUGACGGCACCUCCGCCUCAGCACCCGUCAUCGGCUCGAUUUUGACGAGAAUCAACGAGGAGAGGAUUGCAAAGGGGAAGCCCACUGUGGGAUUUAUCAAUCCUACUGUCUACGCCCAUCCUGAGGUUUUCAGAGAUGUGGUCACCGGUAGUAAUCCUGGACAGGGCAGUUUGUUCUCGCCAUGCGAUACCCCGGGCUUCAAUGCGGCUCCUGGGUGGGAUCCGGUGACUGGCUUGGGUGUGCCUGAUUAUGCCAAGUUGUUGAAGCUUUGGGGUUGA